AUGAUGUAUUUUGCAACGCAGUGUGCGAUGCAACGUAAUACCAGCAUCUCCCCAGGCACCUCUCAUCGUUGGCCGGCAGAAGCGGGUGAAGACGCAGUCACAGCCUAUUCUGUGUCAUGUUGUGGGUUUUGCAAGGAAGAGGCAGCAAAGGGAUGUGGCGGCAGCUUUAGGAGGUCUAGUCCCACCCUAAGGGGACCUAGGAAAGGUGGGAGGCAGGAGUUUUCUAAAUUCCUUGGUGCGGCUGCAAUACAGUUCAGAACAAGAUUGGCGCCUUUGUUGCUAAGGGCCUGGCUGUGCAUCACCUUCCCAUACUCCCCCCCCUUAAAUGCAAAUUUUGAACCGCAGGAAGGGCUCCCAGAAAAGGUAGCUGCCUCCCCUCACUUUCAUCCCUAG